GCCGUUGCUAAGAGACGACAGCGUUGGAUUAUUUUCCUUGUUAGCUACAGUAAUUUAUCCUGAUUGGGAGAUGUGAGACAAGACGGAGAUCUGUAACAAAACAAAAUAAACGAAUAAAAUAAACAAUAUUAUUGGAAAGCUAAAACUACUGAAUAGCUUAGAUAAUAUUGUUUAGAUGUCAGAUCUUCCAGCUGCCGCGAGGCAAAGCGUGAUGCCAUCUCCACCAACUGUGGCCAUUGACGAACUGCAUCAGAACUCGGAACCCGAAAAUAUCGUGACUGAUAUGCACAACAGUGAUAGUGACAGUGACACGGACACGGGUACAGGAACAGACAGUAUGUUAGACACAGAUUCCGAAGCAGGGAGUGACUCAGAAGCAAUAAAACACACAGACAGCACUACAUUCCCUUGCCUGACUGAAGCUGACAGCUACUCUGAAGCCUCACAUCCUGACUCAUACAAAUAUACAGAUUCAGACAAAAGCACAGACACGCAGGCCAGAACUGAAGGGGACCUCGUCAUACACUCUGUGUUGGAAUGCAAUUGUGAUGUGAUGGUCUGCCAGUUCAACAAUGAAGGGACUAUUCUGGCUGUGGGACUCUGUGAUGGAACCAUUAAAGUUUACAGUACAGAUAACGGCAGUCUAGUGAAGACCCUGAAAGAUAGUGAGAUCAUUCUCUCCCCUAUUCCUGUCACUGCCCUGCAAUUCUUUCACAGCAUUCGAGCACACAGCCUCCUGCUGGCCACUUAUGCCAGUGGGGUUGUAAGGUGCUGGUAUGUGUGGGGACAAGAAUGCAUAUGGAGCCUGAAUGAGGUGGGAGAGAGCAGUGGAAGGGAAGAGGGUCAGAGACAGACCCUCUCUAUGUCCAUCUCUUCCUCGGGUGAGAUAGCAGCUACUGGGGGCUCAGAUUCUGUAGUACAUCUUUACGACCUCCACACUCAGCAGAGAGUGCUCACUUGCAGUGCCAGUGCAAACAAAUCAAUUAUGGACGGACAUCGAUUUCGCAUUUUCGCUGUGAAUUUUCACCCAGAGAGAGAGAGAGAGUUCAUUUCUGGGGGCUGGGACAACAGCAUACAGUUUUGGGAUACCAGACAGCAGCACUCUGUCAGGAUGUUGUUGGGCCCUCAUGUAUGUGGGGACUCUUUGCAGAUUAAUCCUGUGACCAAUCAAAUUCUGUCUGGAUCCUGGAGAAAAGAUAAGGCAUUAGAGAUUUUUGAUUAUGAUUCGUGCCAGAAAAUAUCAGAGGGACCUAAUGACCCCCAUGGACAGAGCAGAAUAUACACUUGUCACUGGCUGGACCAGGACCACAUUUUGGCAGGUGGCAGCCAGUCAAACAUGCUGAGAGUCAUUGACCAUCAAACGUUGUUGUCUGUUGCUAGACUGAUUGGUCUGCCCUCAGCAGUAUUCAGUUCCUGUAUCUGUCCUGGGGGAAGGUGGAUGGGAUUAAUUGCAGCCUCUUCAGGGAAAAGAAUCUUCCUAUUGAAACGGGGCUGCCUCCAGAAGUGAAGAAAAGUGAAGCAUAGAAAGUACACUUGUGCUUGGUGGAAUUGAUGUUGUUAAAAUAUUAGUUGAAGAAAAAAAGUGGAAUGUUGUGCCAGAUAUGUUAAUAUUUUGGUUUUCACAGAAGAAAAAUACUUUUGCAUGUAAAAUCUGUAUUUUAAUGGCAAACUGCUUGAGCCCAGAAUGUGAUCACAACCCCCAACAUGAUAAUUAAUUCUGUAUCAAAUUGUGAGCAGGAGGUACUGUUCUCCACACUCUUCAAGAAGGUUUUGAAUUACAAAUGAGUUAAACAUAUCUAUCCAUCGCAAAUAAUGAAAAAAACAAUGUGCAUAGACAUAUUGGACCAAUGUGGAUCUGUUACUGUUAACAACAUUUUCUGCCACAAAUCCAUGAUUAUUUGGUAAUAUUGCAUUUAUUUUAAUUGUUUAUGCUAUGUACAGUGAUUUUAAUGCUACAAGGUCUUUUGUAUACACUACUUCCAUGUCCUUAUGGUUGCAUAAGUUUGUAAGUAGCUGCAUUGCACUGACCCACUCGUUUGCUUCCUCUAUUUUUCCAAUUUGGCUGUCUCAGUAGAAAUUCAGCUAAGCUCACCAUUUGCUUGUUGGGAAACUACAUUAAAUAUAGGCAAACAAACAGCAUGUAACAAAUGUAAAGCCAACAAAAUCUCAUUUUGCAGUUAAGUUACACAUGUGAAAGUGGUAGGUCAUAACUCUGAUGCUGUAUGUGGAGUACACUCAAGGUGUGUACUCCACAUACAAUUUUGUACAAUUUUUCUGUUUAAUAGAAUACUUGGAGACUUUAGAUUUUCUGUUUUGUGCAUCAGUUCUGUAUAAGGAAAUCAAUUUAUAAAUGUGGCUCUUGGAAUAUGCUACAAAAGUAGUUUCAGUUCAUUUAUUAACUGAUGUUCAGUGAGAUUUACAAAACGUUGGUAUUUUGUUAAAUUGUUUGUAGGGAGCUUAGCUCUCAAGUAAAACACAUUCAGGGAAUCUGUUUGGUAAGUCAUUAGUUAUUUUUAUUUUUAAUUGGAAAUAUUUUUGCCCAUUGUAGAUGGUACGAAGGUUUUUGAAUUUUAAGUAUAUGUGUAUUCGCUUUAUUUUUAGAGUAAACAUACUCUUACAAGUGGUUUUAUGUUGUUUUGUUUUCAGAUUUUUCAGUCCCAUGUUUCUCAGGUGUAAUAUGCAGU